UGUUUAUGCAGCCACAAGGUGCAAUUAAUCGAGGAGUAAGAUGGAGUGCAGUUCGAGGAUUUAUCGACACUAUCAUAGGAAGGAGGAAUUUUCAAUUGAUAACUUCAGCAUUUGCAACUAAAAUAUUAAUUAACGAAGAUAAUAGGGCUUAUGGUGUUUCAUUCGAUCACGAUGGAAAAAAACUCACGGCAGUUGCAAGAAAGGAAGUGAUAAUAUGUGCAGGAACUUUGAAUUCUCCUAAAUUGCUUAUGCUCUCGGGAAUUGGACCGAAAAAUCUUCUGCAUAAGCUACAUAUACCAGUGAAAAUGGAUCUUCCCGUUGGAAAGAAUCUUCAAGAUCAUGCUUCAACUACAGCAUUACAAUUUCUUGUUGACUCUUAUACGUUUUCGGAACAUCGAACUACUAAAGAAGAUUACCAAGAACUUCUAAUUAACGGAACCGGCCCUCUAACGACCCUUGGAGGAGUCGAAUCGAGUGGUUUUAUCAGCACAGAAUAUAACAAUAAUAAAAAUUGGCCGGAUGUAAUUAUAUUUUGGAUAACUUCAAGGAUUCAAAAUGCAUUUUCAAACGCUAAUGAUGAUAUACAGAAAAUAUACGAGAAAUUUCGCAAUCAGGAUAUCAUUUCAUGUGUACCUUACGUUGCUCGGCCUAAAAGUCGAGGAGUUUUGACAUUGAAAUCCAAUGAUCCAUAUGAAAAACCUCUAAUCGAUUUCAAUAUCUUUUCUGAUCCCUAUGACUUGAAAGCUCUUGUGGAAGGUUUGAACCAUUGCUUAAAAAUGACGGCUACAGUAUCUAUGAAGAAGUUUGGUAUCAAACCCCUUCCAUAUAUUAUGCCUGGAUGCGAACAUUAUAGGAGAUUCAGCGAUGAUUAUCUGUCUUGUAUGGCUUCUGUUUUACCUCUUUCGGGACUCCAUUUUGUUGGAACGUGCAAAAUGGGUAGCUCCGAUGAUCCUACUUCAGUAGUUGAUCCAACUCUCAAGGUUAAAGGAAUCCAGGGACUAAGAGUUGUGGACGCAUCGAUCAUUCCUUCGUUGAUUGGGGCCACCACGAUGGCUCCUACUAUGAUGAUAGCCGAGAAAGCAGCAUACAUGAUACUUCACAAUUUAUAA